CACAGAAUUUGUUCUUACAAGUCAUUAAAUAUAUAAAAUUAAGUCUGUGACUGACAAGUUCUCUGAUCUUUAAAGGUUGGAAGUACUUGUUGGAGAUUUUGUCAAAGCCUGUGUUUAAGUUUACUUAUAAGAUCAUUAAAAUCAUAUUGAAAUUGAACGAUAAUAUUUGCAAGUCAAAAUUUUCUUGAAAAAUUCUGAAGAAAAUAUAGUAAUUGACUAUGAAUCCCCAUGAUCCAUUUUUGGUGACAGCAAAAGAAAAGUUCCGCUUUGAGCAGCAGUUUAAUGCACUAGGACCUAUAAAUGGAUUUGUGACUGGAGUGCAAGCAAAAGAUUUUUUUCUAAAAUCAGGCUUAUCGCCUUUAAUUUUGGGACAGAUAUGGGCACUUGCUGAUACGGAUGCUGAUGGGAAAAUGAACAUCAUUGAGUUUAGUAUUGCAUGCAAAUUAAUAAGUUCAAAAUUAAGAAAUGUAGAAGUUCCAAAGCUACUUCCACCGACAUUAUUAGCAUCUCUUCAGCACAUUGGAACGCCGAUACGAACACCAACAGGCACAAUGUCACCGACUGAAGGCUAUAAACAAUUUCUUACACAACAACCAUACACAAAUGCCCAGCAACAGCCACAAAUUAUGCCACAGGCAGCUACAAAUACUGUUCAAAUGAUGACACAGCAACAAUAUCAGCCUCAACAAAUUAUCCAGAAUCAGCAACCAUUAAUUAUGCAGUCUCAACCAAAUAUCGUUCCAAUGAUGAGUCAAGGAAUAAUUACAACAUCAGUAGCUCAGCCUGUAAUGAUUCCACAACAAACAAUGCCUGUUCAGGCAAUGCCACAGCAAGUUAUGAUGACACAAGCGCCUCAACAAAUAAUGGUUCAACCACAGGCUAUUAUUCAGCCACAACAAAUACCACAAGUAUCGCCCAUACAAUCAGCAGUUCAAAUGCAGCCGACAGUCAUGCAGCAAGCACCUUUAAUGACAUCAGCAAUAAUUCCACCAAUUCAAUCAGUCAUUCCUCAGCCUCCAGUUGUUCCAAAGCCACCAUCAAUUGAACAAUUGAGCAAUAGCUCUCUUCUCGAUUCAUUAGCUCAAGUUCAAGCUCCAGUUGUCGCUAAUAUUCCUGCAGCUCCAACACCCACGCCUCCUCAAAGUGGACAUGCUAGUCGUUCUAUGUCAUUUUCAGAAAAAGUGCCAUCAGUUCCAGAAUCACCAGGUGAGUGGGCCAUUCCGCAAUCAUCAAAGCUCAAAUAUACGCAAAUGUUUAAUGCUGCCGAUAAAUCUCGCACUGGAUUUUUAACUGGAACUCAAGCACGUGGAAUAUUGCUUCAAACGAAUGUUCCAAAUAAUAUACUUGCAAAGAUUUGGGCAAUGUCUGAUCGUGAUUCGGAUGGACGAUUGGGAUGUGAGGAAUUUGUUUUAGCACUAUAUUUGUGCGAAAUGUACUCGACAGGAAAACCAAUUCCAACAGAACUUCCAUACGAUUUAAUUCCACCUUCAUUCCGUAAAGUUCCUUCACGUCAAGGAUCUCAAGCAGGCUCAAGACAUGGUUCAGUUUCUUCACAAGGUGGUGGAGCAAUCACAGACAUCGACAUAAUGGCAGGCAUGUCUCAAUCGUCGUUUGAAGAUAAAAGGAAGGAGAAUUAUGAUAAGGGUCAGGCUGAACUGGAACGAAGACGAAAAGCAUUGGCUGAUAUGCAAAAGAAGGAGCAAGAAGAGCGUGAAAGAAAAGAACGAGAUGAAGCAGACAAGAGAGAAAAAGCAAGAUUGGAAGCCGAAUUAAAGAAACAACAAGAAAUUGAACGUGAAGUUCAGCGUCAAAAAGAGUUGGAACAGGAACGAGAGGAACAACGUAAACGUGAAUUGGAGAAAAAAGAGCAAGCCAGAAAGGAGAUGGAAAAGCAAAGGCAGCUCGAAUGGGAAGGACAAAAAUUGCAAGAAAUGGAACAAGAAAGGCAAAAGGAGCAGGAUCGUCUACUUAAGCUUAAAGGACACAAUCAAACAUUAACCAUCGAAUUAGAAAGUCUAAGUACCAAAGUUAAAGAAUUAUCACAGAAAAUUUGUGACACACGCGUUGCAGUGACCAAUGUUAAAACCGUGAUUGAUGGAAUGAGAAGCACUCGUGAUACGUGCGUAAGCGAACAGUCGUUAUAUAAAUCGAAAAUUAAGGAACAGAAUGCCAAAUUGGUUCAGUUAAGUCAGGAUAAGGCAAAGCUCGAUGCUAAGAAUAAAAUACACUCAUCCUCAGAUGAUCAAGCAGUGUUCACAAACAAACAGAUCAACAUAAAGCAAUUAAAAGACAAAAUAGAAAAUUUAAAACAAGAAAUUGAAGAGAAAUCUGGUGACGUGAAUACACACAAUGAACAGAAAAGUGAAUUGCGCAAUGAACUGCAAGAUUUGAUAACGAAUUGCGAGCAACUAUAUAGUGAAUAUGAUACCACUAGAAUUCAAGUUCUUGAGUUAAGGAAUAACCGCAAAAACGAUACAUUCACAUCAGCGUGGGAUACAUCAGCGCCUACAGCAAAUUCAUGGGCUACAGAAAGUAACCAAAAUGCCACUGAACCAGCUCAUCAUUCCGUAGUUACUAAUGCUUCCUAUGAAGCAGAUGCAUCUAAUUACGUACGAUUUAAGGCAGUCUAUGAGUUCAGUGCUAGAAAUAAUGAUGAAAUAUCGUUUCAACCUGGUGAUAUUAUUAUGGUUCUAGGCAAUCAAAACACAGAGCCUGGAUGGCUGGCUGGAGAAAUUAAUGGUCACACGGGAUGGUUUCCUGAAUCUUAUGCUGAAAAGUGUGAUGAUGAAGUAGAAGUUGCUGUUGAAGAAACAGUUAUAAAUGAACCACAAUCAAAUGAACCAACCAUAGAGGCUAAUACUUUAAAUGGAGAUGACGUUGAAGGAGAGUUAUAUGUUUCAUGUUAUCCAUAUCAAUCUGCAGAAGUUGGAGAUCUCACGUUUGAAGCAGGCGAAGACGUAAAAGUUAUUAAAAAAGAAGGCGAUUGGUGGACUGGAGUUAUUGGAACUCGUUCAGGAAUAUUUCCGGCAAAUUAUGUUCAACCCAUUACUACUGACAAUAACAACACUGACAUAAAAAAUAAUAUCAUAGAAAAUGACCUUAGUAAAAUGAAUAUAAAUGGUAAUUCACAAGAACAGCCACAAACACCAACAAAUCUAUUGAGUGCAGCAGAAGAAGCAGACGCUAAAAUACAGGCUGAUGCUGAUUCAGAAGUUUCACAAAUCAAUACUCAAAACGUCACAAAUGAUGCAAGCAUGCAAGAAUUCCGUGGAAUGACGUCAUCCGCUCAGAGCCUUCGAGGAAAGAAGGGCGAAGUAGCACAAGUUAUAGCACCCUAUGAAGCAACAAGUAGUGAGCAAUUGUCACUGCAAAAAGGACAGUUGAUAAUGAUUAGGAAAAGGUCAGAAUCUGGAUGGUGGGAAGGGGAAUUGCAGUCCAAAGGUCGUCGUCGACAACUUGGCUGGUUUCCAGCUACUUAUGUGAAAAUUCUUGCUGGGGGACGAAUGAGUGGGAGAUCAACGCCUCUCUCAUCUUCUAAAAUUGAUCUUCAUGAAGCUGUCAUCGACAAAGUUCAGGCAAUGUAUCCUUAUCGAGCGUUAAACGACGAUGAGUUGAGCUUCGAACCAGACGACAUAAUAAGUGUUACAUCUAGAGACGAGCCUGAUUGGUGGAAGGGAGAGCUGAAUGGUAUUACUGGUCUUUUCCCUAGUAAUUAUGUCAGGGCGUUUGUGUCGUCAGGUAAGAAAUCAUAGAGACUUCUCUACUACUAUUACUAUUUAUAUUAAUCUAAAAUAUUUCGCGUACUUCGUUUGUGAUAAUUUAAAAUUUAUUUUACUAUGUUUUGUUUCACAUUCAUGUCUACACAAUUUAUUAUUGUUUCCUAUUUUUGUAAUUUAAAAAAUAAGAAUAUUCAAUAAUUAAUGAUCCCAAAUAUUUUUCAUUCAUUUAUUCAUUUCUUCAUGCCUACUGAAAAAAUAACUUUGUUCUGAAUGACAAGCAGGUAACAUGUAAGACUAGCAUUUGACAAAAUAAUCGAAGUAUUUUGUUAUUUGAUUGAUUUCAAUCAUAUUUAAUAUAAAUGAGAUAUAAUUUACGUAUGAUACAAUUCAUAACAACGUUUUGCCAUCAGCUGUUCUAAUAAUAAAUAAUAAUAUGAAAAAAAUGAUGAUGAGUAUAUUUAAAAGAAUUAUUAAUCCCGAACAAGUUAAAUAUACAUACAAAAAAAAAUAUAUAUAUAUAUAUAUACAUAUA